CUUUACAAAGUAAAUACUCGAUAUUUAAUAUGGAAUCUAUAUGAAUCUACUUCAUCUAUAUAGGUAUAUAAAAAAUGACUACCCAGUGAAGAAAUAGACGGAAAAUAAAUCUGAUCAAUCAAAUUAAAUCUUCUGACUCCAUAGGAGAUAUAGAUACAUAAUGUCAGGUAAAACGGACAUAAAAUAUCUGACAAGACGCCACCCUAUACAAGCCGAGCGUAAAUUUUGUAAACCUUAAAUAAAAGUGAAUUAUAAAAAUAUACUUAAACGAUGUAUUGUAAUAUUAUUAUAUAGCCUCUUAACUGGUCGAACCUUUUUAGCUUACAAGAGAUUAGGACCCAGAACGGGAUUAAUAUAGUUGUUUACAGAAACAACAAACACCGCUAUUGCCCUCCAUUUAACAGAUUUUUAAUGGUCACAUUAUAAUUUAUAAUAAUAAUAAUAUAGUCGUAGUCGUAGUCGUCCCAGUGGAAAUAAAAUAUACGCUCCCGUCGCAAGUCUCUGUAAAGAGCUCCGGUUCACCGUUUUGUUAUUUUCUUUUUUUGUAUCGUACAUGUUAUUAGGUAAAUAGUAUAAUAAUAUACAGAAUAAUAUUAUAUUAUAUUAUUAUUCAAUUCCCAUUUUAAGUAGCUGGUACUCCAGCAUACAAAUACGUAACAAUUAACGUCGUACGGUUAAAUGCUAUAGCUGUUUUCCUUUGUCUAUCGGACGAGCUGUUAAGGUACGGUUUCCCUUGCGCGAUCGCGAACGCAAACCGCGAACGCGAACUGCGAACGCGAACUACGAAAUAAGAUCGCGUUCGCGUCAUGUUGGUUUGCUCUAGACGAUUCUACGUUGCGACCCAAAGAUUUAUAAUUUAUAUUUUAACAGUCGUCCGUCAGUCGAACUCGAUAUUUUGAAGUGCUAAGUUCACGGUGCACGAGUACUGUUCGUUUUUAAAAAUUAUUAUAAUGGAUACAGUCGAUAAAGAAAUCUUAAAAAUUCUUUUGCUAGAAGAAGAAGAAGAUGAUGAGAUCUUACGGUAUUUGUCGGAAGAAAAAAGAAAGCCGCAUGAUCCAUUAUUUACAAAGAGGAGUACCGAAGGUUAUCAUGAAAUACUUAUCAACGGCCAUCUGAAAAAUAAUGAAAUUAAGUUUAGAGAAUUUUUUAGAUUAAACCGUAAUCAGUUCGAUUUUAUUUUGAAUCUAAUAAGAGAUGAUUUAACAUUAAAUCCAACAUUUUUUAUAAGGAAACCCAUAUCACCAGAAGAAAAAUUGGCGGUUACAUUGAGAUUUUUAGCUUCUGGAGAAACGUACCGUUCUUUAUCUUUUGCUUUCCGGAUAUCACACAGCUAUAUUAGUAUUAUAAUACAAAAUACCUUAAAAUCUAUGAAAAAGCAUCUGUUGACACAUUUUAUACCUAAUCCGAGUAAAUUAAAUAUGAAAGAAAAAGCUCGAGAGUUUUGGACAAGAUGGAAUUUUCCAAAUUGUAUUGGCGCAAUCGAUGGUAAACAUAUUCGAAUGAAGUGCCCAAAAAAUACCGGUUCUUUAUAUUUUAACUAUAAAGAACAUUUUUCACUCGUCUUAUUAGCAUUGGUAGAUGCGAAUUGUAAAUUUUUAGUCAUUGAUGUUGGAUCCUAUGGUAAAGAAGGAGACAGUGGCAUAUUUGGAAAAUCAAAAAUGGGCCAACAAAUUUAUUCUGGCAAUUUUAAUUUCCCAAGUGACGAAAAACUACCAGGCUUUGAUAAUUCUACACCGUUUGUUAUUGUUGGCGAUGAAGCAUUCAGACUUCACAGACAUAUAAUGAAACCGUACUCUAGAUCUACGGCUAAACAAGAUAGAGCAAAAACUAUUUUUAAUUACAGGUUGAGUCGUUGUCGUAGGGUGACGGAAAAUGCAUUUGGCUUAUUAGCACAAGUUUUCAGAGUAUUUCAUACUGCAAUAGCAAUUGAUGUAGAAGUAUGCGACGAUUUAGUUAUUGUCGCAUGUUGUUUGCACAAUAUGCUGAGAGAUGCGUUUUUAGAAAAAGGUAAUAAAAUUUACUAUGAAUAUGACGAAGGACAAAGUAUUGAGAUGGGCACUUUAUGUAGUAGAGGUGGCUUUGCGAGUGCAGAUGGUUUUGAUGUUAGAGAAAAAUUUAAACAAUUUUUUAUUCAAGAAGGUGCAGUCUCGUGGCAAAAUCACCAAAUUUCAAGAAUAUCAUCUACCAAUACUUCGACCAAUACUUAGUGUGUGUUUUUUUUUAAAUAAAUAAAUAAUUAGUUUUAACAAUGUUUAAUAUAAGUAACCGUCUCACACAAAAAUGCUUACAUUUUUAAAAUUAUUUUACUAUUUUAAUAUUUUAAAAAUAAUUCAUAAUUCAUUAUAAUGUAUAUCACGGAGAUUAAAAUUAGUUUUGAUAUUAUAAUAUACACGAUAAAAAUAAAUGUCCAGAAAUUAUAAUUUAUUUUUAGCUUGUUGCUUGUUGUAUAGAUGUACCUACACGUGCUUUCAUCACUUCUAAAAUACUCAAUCAUAAAUAGACAGUGUCAUGGUCUUAUCUUGAAAAUAAUCAUUUAUUUUAAACUUAAAUAGUUAAAUUAUCUGUUGUACACUUGUUAUAAUCGUAAUAUUAUAAUAAUAUAUUAUAAUUUCAAUGUAAAAACAAAGUUAUUUAUAUUCCUACAAAUUUAAUACUUUUUACAAACAAUAUU